UUCAUACGAUACAUCCAGUCAGUCACUGUUUGAAACCAUUCGCAAACCUAGUCACAAAAAACUAUCAGAAAAUGUUUCGGUAUUAAAACCAAGGUGUGCUCCAAUAAAGCGUAAGCCAUGCUUCGAAUGUGAAAGCCAACGUGCUGCGAUGAACGAUCUAGAAAAGUCAAUCGACCGGUUUUGUGAGCUGGCAUCUGAUAUCGAUAAUACGAAAUAUGAUGAAAAGACAAUGACUGACGCUGAUUAUAUUAAACAAAUGUUGUCACAAUUGACUCCAUCGCAAUUUCAUAAACGUGUUAAGGAAGAAUUGUCCCAAAUCAAACUGUUUGAAGCACCACCACCCAAACGUUGUAAGACGGAAGUAUUGAUUGUUGAGUCAAUCGGAGACGAAAUAAAGGUUCAGAAGUCUUGCCGUAAUUGUGUAAAGCAAAGUACUUUGGACAAUGUCAAGAAAUCGGUGGACAAAUUGUGUGAAAUACUCAAUAAACCGCAUGACGAUAGAAAUCGGUUUGAAAAACUAGAGAUGUCUCACUUGAGCGCCGAAGACUUCAAUACUUUUGUUUUGUUAUGUAUGAAUAAACUAUAUCUUUGA